AUGGAGUCCAUCCUCAAUCUCCUCUCCACCAAACACCCUCUUGCAUUGAAGCAUGGGGCCACCGUGGUUACAGAGACGGAAAUUGGAAAGCAAGAAGCGGGACUCCCCGAGGAACUUACUACUUCUACUUCCUUCCCGAAGAAGAAUGUUGGAAUUGCGCCUACUCCUACUACCAACAAGGCAGAUGAAGUGCGCGUCCUGACUCUGGCAGAUUAUGAAGACGCAGCCUAUUCUCUUGCGCUGGCCUUCUGGGACGACCAUUCUUCUAGGUAUUUCAUCCAUACCCCAGACCGAGCCCACUGGACUCUGAAACAGAAAUGGGACCUGCACCUCAAAAUGAUGGGAUACAUCGUCUAUGCGCAUCUCCUGAAAGGCCUGGUGGUGAGUGCAGGGGAGGGCUAUGGAUGUGUGGCAUUAUGGUGAGUUCCAAUCAUCACAUCGUCAAUAAAAAAGACACAAAACAUGUUGAACCCAGUCUCUCUCUCCCCUCCCACAGGAUGCCCCCCGCCCAAAACAUGGACGACCCCCUCACCCUCCUGCGCUCCGGCCUCUGGCGCCUCACCUACCAACUCUCCCCCGAAGGCCGCACGCGCUUCUUCACCGAAUUCCUCCCCCUGCUCAACCACACCAAAAGCUCCGUCCUGGGGCCCCACAAAGAUACCCAUUCCUACUACCUCGUCUACAUCGGCACGCGGCCCCGCGCCCGCGGCAACGGCUUCGCCCGGAAAUGUAUCGACGCCGUCACGGCGCGCGCGGACCGCGAGGGCAGGGCUUGUUAUUUGGAAAGCUCGAAUGAUGUGAAUCGUGGGAUUUAUGGACGGAUGGGGUUUGUGUUGCAGAGGGAGAUUUUUUUGCAGAGGGGGGGCGGGGAGGAGGGGCAUGUGAGGUUGGAUAUUAUGGUGCGGGAGCCGGUGGGGGAAGAGGGGGAGGAGGGCGAUGCGGAUAGCGGGGUUGAUGUUUAG